CGGCCCGGCCCGCCAUGGAGGUGUACAUCCCCUCCUUCCGCUACGAGGAGAGCGAGCUGGAGCGGGGCUACACGGUCUUUAAAAUAGAGGUGCUAAUGAGUGGAAGGAAACAUUUUGUGGAGAAGAGGUAUAGUGAAUUCCAUGCACUUCAUAAAAAGCUGAAGAAGUUCAUAAGAACUCCAGAGAUCCCUUCAAAGCAUGUGAGAAACUGGGUCCCCAAGGUUCUGGAGCAACGACGGCAAGGCUUGGAGUUGUACUUGCAGACAGUCAUUUUAGAAAAUGAAGAGCUCCCUAAAAUAUUUCUUGAUUUCCUGAACGUUCGCCAUGUACCUACCUUGCCAAAAGCUGAAAGCUGUGGCUCUUUUGAUGAAACAGAAUCUGAAGAAUCAAGCAAACUGUCCCACCAGCCUGUGCUGCUGUUCCUAAGGGAUCCAUAUGUCUUGCCUAAAGCCAACGAUGACUUUCCAAAUGUUGUUAUAGAAGGCAUUCUACAUGGAGUAUUUUAUCCUCAUUUACUGCCCAGGUAGAAGCGACGCGUGGCUAGAAGAAGCUGAAGCAAAUCUCCGAGUCAUGUUUAAUGGAAUUAACAGGAAUAAAAUUCUCUGAUGUGAAAAUUACGCUCAGAAGCAAGAGGCACAACCUCAGUUUAAGUUCAAGCAUUAUUAUCAUUUUAAAUAAAAUCAAUGUCACUACAAUUGCUGCUUUUAAAAAACGAAGAUAUGGAAACAACAGUAUUGAAGUUAUUUAUACUUUCUAUGUAUUGAUACGCUCUAACUAUUUAACACUAAAAGCUUAAAGUCAUACACUGAAUUACACUAACCUUUGAAAAGAAUUGAAAGCUUUACUAAUUAUUUCUAUAAUUUCUAUCAUAAAUUACACUAAACCUUUUUGCACCAGGAUUUUUCCCAGCACAUUACCCAUUGCUGGCAGUGGAUGGAUUAGAAGUGCUGGCACUGAAGAGAGUGUAUGAGAAAUUGCCAAAAAAAAAAAAAAAAUUAAA